GGCUAUGCAUCCAUCCACGGUACCGUAUAAGUUACCAGCCCUGCUGUACAGUAAGUACAUGCGUGCCAUCCUACCCCGGAUAAUCGGGACUUUUGUACGGAGCAAAUUGGUGCUAUUGUCAAUUCCCGCUCAACUCACAAUCAGUCCCAUCGCCCUCAACGAAUAAUACCAAGCUACUAUACCUUUGCGCUGGUAUCCCUCGACUACCGCCUUGUUCUAGGUUGAGCUAAGCCCACUGUUACAUGACAUUUUCCUGGUGACAUCUCUCUGCUUCUCUACUCCUUUUCCCGGCAACUUAGAACUAAGCUCUUUUUUUAUUCUUCAUCCUGGCACUGUCCGACUCUUGAUCCUCAAAUAUCUCGGGAGUAAUAUUAUGUCAGGGGCAAGAUUCCAAAGACGGCAAGUGCCGAAAGUCAAUAUGAGUACCAGGAUUGAUUCCACGAACCAGCCCAAGGUCAAAGCACGCAUCGUUACGUGGCGGGAGAUCUCCGAAUGGCAAUUCGACAACAAAUAUAUCCUCGGUGGCUACCGGCCCGCGAGAGCAGACUAUAUGGAGAUCUUCACCAGCCUGACCUUUUUGCACAACGAGUCGUGCAAUGUCUACACUCAUCUGAUUGGGGCUUUGCUCCUACCACUCGUUGCAACUACGUUCCGGCGAGAAUUGGCACAGCCUCAUUUCCUCGGUGUGUCAUUUAUGGACUACGCUAUGUUUGGGAUCUACUUCUGGUGUGCGGAAAUCUGUUUGGUCCUCAGCGCGCUCUACCACCUGAUGCAACCCCACUCGCAUAGAGUAGAGCAGUUCUGGCAUGGAAUGGACCUGCUUGGGAUUGUUGUUGUGACGGUGGGCACAUUUUCGUCCGGCAUCUAUUAUGUCUUCUUUUGCGAAGCGAACUUGCAGAAAUUGCACUGGACCAUUGUCCUACUUACGGGAUUCGUCACCGGUGUCCUAAUCUCGAAUCCAUUGCUCAAAACACCGCGCUGGCGGAAAUUGAAGGUGGGCGCUUUCGUUACCUUCGGUGCUUCAUCAUUUAUACCUUUGCUACAUGGAGUUCAACGAUACGGGCUCGGAUACAUGCUGCAAUACUCGGGAAUGCGAUGGUAUCUACUUGAGCUGAGUCUCUAUGGGAUUGGAGUCAGUCUUUAUGCGUCCCGUAUUCCAGAACGCUUGGCGCCUGGAAGGUUCGAUAUUUGGGGGAGCUCGCACCAGAUCUUUCAUCUCGCUAUCCUAGGCGCGAUGUACACACACCAGAUUGCUCUGUUUCAAGGCUUCACAGCCUGCCAUACAUUGGAUGUGUGUCAGCUCCAGGGUGUCUAUUGAGCAAAUUGCAGCUUGAUUCAAUACCAGUGUACAAGCUACAGUACAUACAAUCCACAGAGCACAUAGACUCGUUGGCAGCUGCUUCAAUGGUAUGACGCUAAAUAUCGAGAAGGAAGAUGGGACAGUAGAACCUUGUAGACCUCAGUACGGUACCGAAGAGAUAUGACUCAUGGCCAUUGCUCUUCAGAGAACCUCAGUCCCCCUUCGCUCUGGCGGCCAAUGUCUGUGUUUAUUAGACGCUAGCAAGAAAUCCGCCAAAGAUACUCGAGGACUCGCUGGUAAGAACGUGCUAGCCUGUCCAGUGCUAUUGAGGGUUAUAGCUGUACUGGCUUCGACUAGUGCUUCGAGGGCUGUGUCGGUCGUCAUUUUUAGCGGAGAAAAUGA